AUUCUAUAAGCGCAAUUACACUUCCGGUUUACCGCAGACUUGGGCUCGCAGACUUCGAUCCACAUUCUACUGAACUUCUAGAAGGCUACACUAUUCGCAUGAAUGCAUCUUACAUUCUGAACACCCAAUCCCAACAUGGUUCGUCUCCACUACUUCGCGAAUCAGCGCUAUUCCAAGCUCAAAGCCGAAUGCGAGAAAAAUGAGCAGUUAUUUGUGGAUAGUGUGUUUAAGCCAGAGACAAGCUCGCUUUACUAUAGCCGAUCAUGCCCUCCAGAACCUGUUGAAUGGAAACGACCUUCUGAAAUCUGUCAUCCUGCUGUACCUCAUCUAUUUGUCGAUGGGGCUGACAGCCAUGAUGUGACACAAGGAAAGCUUGGCAAUUGCUGGUUUGUGGCAGCUUGCUCAUCUCUGGCACUGAGGCCUUUUCUGCUGUACAAGGUAAUCCCAGACAAGGACAAGCAAGAGUGGGAUCCCAAGAAACCAGAAAACUAUCAGGGAAUCUUUCGCUUCCGUUUCUACCGGCAAGGGGAGUGGACAGAGGUGGUGGUUGAUGACCUGCUUCCAACAGUAAAUGGCAAGCUGGUGUACAUUCACUCAAAGGAGAAGAAUGAGUUCUGGAGUGCCUUGAUAGAGAAGGCUUAUGCCAAGUUGGCAGGGACAUAUGAAGCACUUGCGGCUGGAAGCACAGCAGACGCUCUCGUCGACUUUACUGGAGGGGUAGCUGAGGCAAUCAGCCUGAGUAAUGGAGGGUAUGCCGAGGACCAGGAGAAACGCCUACAGCUCUUUAAGACACUGGAGAGAGGUCAUAAGGAGAAGUCACUGAUGAGUGCUUCCAUUAAGAUAAACAAUCGAAACGAGAUGGAGCAAAGACUGGACACAGGGCUUAUCAAGGGACACGCGUAUGGUGUUACCAUGGUGAAAAAGGUGACUGUCGGUGAAGGUCUUCUCAGCCUCUUCAACAAGAAACACUUUUAUAUGAUCCGUCUACGCAACCCUUGGGGGGAGAAGGAAUGGAAUGGACGCUGGAGUGACGAGUCUGAGGAAUGGAAAAAGUUAAAGCCAGGAGACAGAAAGAAGAUGGGAAUUGUGUUUGAAAACGACGGUGAAUUUUGGAUGGAAUUUGAUGACUUCUGCCGGGAAUUCACGGACUGUACCCUAUGCCAUGUCAUCAACAAGGCCAUGAUCCACAAGGUUUUCAAACAGUGGCACAUCUAUAAGCACAAUUAUAACUGGACCCAGGGUCAGAACGCAGGAGGAUGUGUGCAGAACCAGGAUACAUUCCUCAAGAACCCUCAGUAUGCGUUUAGUAUAACGGAUAACGAGGGAGAAGAUGCCAUGGUUUCCCUGAUGCAAGAAGACAGGCGCAAAGAUAAGAGCAAAGGCGUCGGUAACCUCACCAUCGGCUUCUACAUCAUGAAGGUCGAAGAGAACCGCAAAUAUCGCGUUCAUUCGAUGUUUCCAAAGGCUGGUGAUUCGAUCUUCAUCAACGCACGUGAGGUGAUGAAUAGAUUCUUCCUUGCAGCUGGACGAUACCUCGUGGUGCCAUCAACAUAUGAACCUCACACCCCAGGGCAUUUUAUGAUGAGGAUCUUUACACGGAAGAGGUCUAAUGCAAUGUUUCUCGACCAGGAUCAUUCAGUGGGAAGCAAGAUCUGGUGCUGUCUCCCGCGGUGCCGCGCGCCACAAUGUGUGGUGUCCGUGUACGUCACAUCGGCUGCAGGGCUACAAAAGACCGGCAAGAUGAGCCUAACUUGCGAUCCGUACGCCUUGAUUAUCUGCGAGGGACGUAAAAUUAAGACGCCUAUCAAGUAUGACACCCUGAUCCCAAGCUGGGAUGCCGGGGCUUUGUUUUACGUCAGACAGCCUCAGAAGAGUCAGAUAGUGGUACAGAUUUGGGACAGUAACUGGAUCUUGGAUAGCUUCAUGGGUCAAGUCAAGAUACCCGUCAACAUCACCAACUCCAAGACGCAAGCCAGCUACAAUCUCAAGGGACGCAGGCGUGAGCAUGAUCUUCAGAAGCCAGGCACUGUCACCGUACAAAUCAACGCUUACCACGAUCUCUUUGGCAUCUAGGGCAAUAGCAGCUUCGGAGCAGUAAAGAAAUUAUAGACUAUGGGCUUUGUUUCAUUACAGACCGUACUUUACGAAAGUAAUAGUAACAACAGAUAUGACGAGUCAAUGAAAACGACUCAAACAAAGUUCUACGCUUCCCAAACUUUGUUCGCAGCCUGUUUACAUUAUAGUUCUCCAUCCUUUGAUGUUCCCAGGUAGAUUCGAGGUCAAACCCUUAUGUGGCAGAUCUCUACAAGAGGAUUCCCUUUUUCUUUUUCUAGGUUACAAAGAUGUUCGAUGUUAUAUAGGGGCUGCAUCGACUGCAGUCGAUGGUAAACGAUGUUUUCUCCAAAAACAGUGCCGGCAUUGGUGAUAUAAACACACAGGAUUGCUAUAGGCCCAAAAGCAAUGCACUGUUUGUUCACCAUGUUGUAUAACACUGCGAACUACAUAGUCAAUAAUCUCCUUGCUGUCCACCGAGCGGGGUGAUUCCAGCAAUGGCUAUAUAUUGACGCUGUUUACUCGCCCAAUAGGCCAUUCCAGCUAUAAGCAUGCGCGCGCACUCACCAUGGGAACCUACCUCAACUACCGGCAUGCAGCGCGCGCUUUGUUUGAUGUAAGCUUAAAUAGCGCGCGCUUUGUUUGAUGUAAGCUUAAAUAGCGCGCGCUGCAUUCUGGUAGUUGAGGUAGGUUUCUAUGGUUAUGCGCGCGCAAACUUAUAGCUGGAAUUAACAAGGUACGAAUCAACACAAGUUUGAAAAGGUAUGUUGAACGCCUCUUUGAGUGGUUGCGCUGACGUUUCGAGCGUUAGCCCUUCGUCGGUGCAAAAGAAAACUGUUUACAUGGUAUGGUUGACGUGCCAUCUAACCCAUCAGCGUCUCACAGUUUCCUCCUGAGUUUCCUUUGGCUCCGACGAAGGGCUAACGCUCGAAACGUCAGCGCAACCACUCUGUUUCACAGAUGCGUUCAAUAUACCUUUUCAACCUUGUGUUGAUUAAAACCUUGUCUACACCACGCCUACGCAGACCAUCUAGUUUUUCUACAGCUUGCCUUUAGUCUUUCUAGUUAUACCAUAUAGCUGGAAUGGCCUCUUGGCAAAGCCGCUCGUAGCUUUAUCUUACAGGAACAGCGAAGCAUUGCUGUGUCACGUAAUGCAUCUUUUUUGGGACAAAUGGCGGAUCGGUAAUAAACCAAGCCAACGCCUUGAUUUCUGCCAGGGCAAGCGCCCUUGUCUUGACCAGAGUACAUUUGUUUCAACUUUAUUAUAUUAAGGGAUUGUAAAUUUUCUACUGUAGAGGAAAACAACGUGGAGAAUAAUGUAUUACGUCUAGUUUAUGUAAAACUGUAGUUGCGGGAUUGACCAGGAUCCCUGGUUUGAUAAAUUCAACGUACAAUGAAUAAAACAACAACGUAAGCGUCUUAACCUAUGGGUAUCAUUUGUUGAUGGUAUACACUUAACAUGGUGUUGUUCCUGAUAUCUAAAAUUUAUCUCUUGUUAAGAACUUUGUAUUGUGGCCACGGUAGCGUGCGUCGCGUGGAAAGAACUUUAAAUUGAGAGGCACGGUAGCGCACGUCGCUGCUGUUGCUGGGCUUUAUUACUUUUCCUAACGAAUAAAUAAGGUUCACGGUUUUGCUUUCAAAUCCUCCCUUUGACAUUAUAUUUGUAGAUACAGUCAUUAUAUUAGCACUUUAACGCAAAGGAAUACCCUUUUUCUCAGUUGCUAUCGUCCAGCCCAAGUCGAGGCUCUCUUCUAUUUCCAAUACAUCUACUGAAAUUUCAUAAGAAAGCCUCGACUUGAGAUUACAGUUUGUAGGCAUAUUGAACCUGGUUUAUUGUCUGCCCUUUUAGAAAAGCAUCAUUUUGCUUAAUUGGAAUCGCCGCUGACCGCCCUGUUUACUGUUGCCAUAGUACCAGCAGGUGUUCGAUUUCUACUUGUGUGAGUGAAACAGGCUUGGAGCAUUUAAAACUGUUCUAUCAGCUGCCAGGCACAUUUCCGAAAGGAAACACAGGAUGAAGCACAUUGGAAUAGUAAUUAUAUGAAGUAUCACACGCUGACAGAAAAAAAGAUUUACUUCAUGAAUGUUAAGCAGAUCAGCAAAAUGAGUUACUGAUUGUAUUAUAAUUUGACUAGAAGAGAAUUCUGUCGAUUUAAAGAUUGUGAGUUUGAAAUAUGAUUAUCAAAUGUGGCUGGACCAGCCAGCGGACACACUUGUAAGCCGUCUCAAGACCUUUGAAGUGCCGCUAAAAAUAAAAGCAUUCACAUUGAUGGCCACAAUUAUAAGAGAACAAAGAUCAGUUGAAAGAGAUAUGUCGAUAAUUCUGAUAGACAAUAAUGUUAUAGUAUAUUGGUUUUAAAAGCCAGACACACCUUUCAUGUUGAUUUUAUUCAAUACUGUAAAAUCAUAUAAAGAAUUUCGAAAUAAUUAUCUAAUAACAAAGUCUCACCAAAGUUUUACUUUACCAAAUCAAUCGAAAAUAUCGCAAUAACUUUUCCAAAUCGUCCAAUGGAGAUGGACUCUUUCCCGCACUCGUUAUUGUAAUCGACGAAACUCAACUUGUAGCGGGGUGUACUGCAUUUAUAUCCCUAAAAUAGUGAUAAAAUGCAGCGAGCUCAUCUGCUCAUGGUAGUGGAAAUGGCAGCGAUAGCCGGUAGUUUGGUCUCAUGACGUCUAUAGAGUAAAACACAGAAUACAAUGGAACAAAGAUAGAUCCGUUCAAGAGGUGGGAUAACAGCUAUAGACCUUAUUGUUCCCAUACAAUUUAUCAGGUAAUGCAUUUUCAACUGAUCAGUCCUAUACAAUACCUCCCACAAGGCGUUUAGAAGUGCUUUGUGCCCACUGAUACAAAAAAAAGGCUAGAUUAAUUGAUUUAUAAGAAAGAUCAUUUAUUUCUUAAAAAAAUAAUCUACUUUUUUUCUUUCCGUAAGGUCAGAAUCAAGAUUCUUUAGAUUUGUUGGUAUCCCUUGUUGCAAAGCAAGGCUACGUGGAUGAGACCUGUUGAAUAUAUUUUUAUACAUUUAUUAGUGAUUAUCCUAAUAAUCCUUCGUUGGUUGGUUAAAACAUCUCUAUAUACUGCACUGUUCAAGCACGGCUCAGAAGCCUUUGUAAAUCCCCAAAUAAAACUUGUCUACAGUAAAAACGUAUGUUGUUUUCGUCAACAUAAUCACCGAUGUGAAUUCUAUUACCACAAUCAUUCGCCUCGGGCAAAAUAAUAGGCAAAUGCGAAUUGAUAGAAUUAAUAAAGAGGUGGUAGAUACUAAUCAAUUUAUCCUACUUUAAUUGCAAAGUCAUAGAAAUAAUAACUGUAAUUAAAGUCCAGUCGAAAUAGGACAACAGUAGACAUUUUUUUUACGUGUUGCAUGCAAUGCUAUAGGCGACUAGUUUAGCUGGUCACUCGGGAAACCACUCCUUUCAAGGUACCUUAGGGAAUCGUUCGAUUAAGGGAUCUUGAUAAGGUAAAAAAAAGAAGUUUGGAAGGUAGGGGGGAUUGUAAAAGCUACACAAAAUAUGAUCCAUCGUGUUUUUUUUUGUUAAAUGCCCAAAAUAUAAGAGUAAAAGCUGCAUAUAUCAUAUUAUAUGGUGUCGAGCUCUGUCUAUAUAUGGAUGGCCAUUCAAAAAUAUUUUUUAACGUUAGAAGAUCCCUAAGGCUGCUGACAAUUUUUUUACUCAAUAUUACGCAAUAACCGGUCACGGGAAGACUCAUAGCAACUUUUGCACGUGUAACACGCCCAUUAAGGGUUACCGAUAUUCCUUUUUCACGAAUACAAUAAAAAUAAUUUGGGACUCGUGCGGAGGGCAAAGGGAGUGCUUUGACUUACAAAAAGUCCAGGCGAAAUGACUCAGCAUAUACUACUCAAAAAUCCUCCAGAAGUCAUCGCUAUUUGCCUGUGCUAGCUCCUUUUUUUAUUCCAAGGUAAAGAUAUCCUUUGCCCUCGCCCCAUCCAGUACUUAUCGCAUUAUUGAGUAAGAUUUAGUCAAAUAUUUACAUAGUCGUGGUCUGUACAUAUGCUUUUAUAAACGUUUCGUCGGGUAACAAGUUUGAAAAGAAAGGAGGGAAAAAAUGACGUGAUAUUGAACGCUCGUUUGGGAUAAUGAUAGAAGAGGAUAAAUUACGCGAGAGUAUAUCGACAAUAUGUGGAGCAAUAUUUCAUUUAUAGCGCACCUUAGAAGGUCAUUAGAAUACAACCGAAUAUAACAGUGCAAACUUUUUACGAGAACGCUCGAAGAUCUAGAUUUGUUAUAUAAUGGUAAGCACGUCUGACACCUUCAGUAUACACUCUUAUUGUUAGCUCACAAUACGAAGAUUCUGAAAAGAAUUCAUUUGUAUAAAAAAUGAAAAAAAAAAUAGGAAAUCAAUUAGUCCAGAUUUUUAACCGAGUUGUCUGAGACGUUAAGACAAAAAGAGUAAAAAUGCUAGGCAACGGAAAGUAGUUCGUUUGUGGAAUUACAGGAAAUUGGACAAGCUUAUUUUGCUCUCAUUCUCUUUUUCUUUCCUAAUGCUUUUAAUUUAUUAUCUUAAUGAGCGUCUUCUUCUUGGGUCAAUAUUUCGACUUUUUUUUAACAAAGUGGCCAUCUUUUUGUCAAAGAAACAAACGACCUGUCCACAUAAAACAAUUAAAUUACACUAGCACGCAGUCGAAUUCACGGAGAGCUUGUUAUUCUCGAUUCUCCCCAAAUAAGAACUAAUGAAUUAGCAGGGAUUCACAAUAAACAUUCUGACUGAUUGUUUUCUUCUCUGGUGGUCAACGUAUAAUUGGAGAGUAAUCCCAAAAUUCUCUUGUGUCCUCUUCUUUCCUUCGCCAGUGAGACGUGGGCGUCUUUCAGAUAGAAAAUCCUCAUGAAUCGGUUACUUCAGCUUUUCAUUCUCUUGUUGACAUAAAUAAAUAGGCGUACUCUAAUAGCGAUCUACCGUAUGACUCCAGAAAACAUUGGACGUCACGGUAUAAUUUUUACGACCAAUAUUUAAAAUCGACUGGCUGAGUCGAUAACAGUGCUUAGGGGCGCUCUAUCGGUCUCGCUAAUCAGUAGUGCAGUGAGUAAGUGUGCUAUCGAUGUAUGGAUGCAUGAGCUGUACAUCGCAUUAUCUGCGAAAUCAAGAUUUCAAUUACAUGUUCAGUAACCCAAUGUUUAAUUCAAAUCACCUCUCUGGGGGCUGCAUAAUUUUUAAGAGGGUUAAACUAGGAUCGAAGUAGCAACCAAACUAUAACAUGGAAGUACUUCGUAGAUCAUUUGACUCGCGGUUAGAGUGCCAUUUUAGUGUGAAUCAGGUAGCAAAUGCGAAGGGGAUUCUAGGCAGGUAUCGAGAGAUAGCGGACCCAGCGACAUACGACAUGCAAAUUUCGUGACUCUAGCGUUGUCACGGGACGAAGUGGAUUGCGUUACGCCGUAUUUGUUGACAAGUAAUGUGGCGUGACCAGACAGGGUUUUGAGUGGCGUGUCACCACAGUUGUUUUCUGUUGCCUAAAUCGUGGCAGUGGCAAGGUCUGCGCGGCGAACACACGGAUCUGACUUUUACUCAGAUCUUACUUCAUUCGGGACGUGCUUCGGGUUGCUGGCGUGAAAACCAGAGCCGGCGGUGACGAAAUGUGAAGGCACCGGCCUCAGACCUACCACCUAUUUCUUUCAUCAGCGGAUGUAACUGAUGAAUCGCCUACAAGGCUGGCUUGUGAGCGUUGCGGAAUGACUUCUCAGGAAUCUGGCUUUACGGAAUUGCGCUUACUCUGUACGGAAUAAGUUCCUUGCACAUGCUAGUGCCUCAUGAGAGAGCUUCAUCGCGCGACACUUUCCCCUCAAUGAAGUUGGAGUUUUCUUAUGCCGCGUUUACUGAGAGAAAGGAGAACUAUCGAAUGGUGUAGCCGUUUCGAGCCGCGGCCAAAUAGACUGCGCUGUAGCCCUAGCUCCUUCAUACCGUUUGGAGUGAUCUACGCCGCGUCGAUUGUACUUUUACUCACCACUAUGAUCCCUGAUUGUAUAGCUUACAACGAUUCGGACCCAGUUGUAAUUGAAAGGACGUCGAAUUCUAGUGAAGAGAAUACAGAUUGCUCGUUUGACGAUUUCAAUUUACGACCGGCCUAUGUACAUAGGAUCUGUGACUGUUUAGACCGGUUUAAGAGCAGAGAGGAAGCUCUAGAGUUUGUCAAAAGGUUUCGCUUGGAGUUCUGUGAUGUAAUUCAGUUCCACGAGGCCGUUGGAGACCUGAUGAAUUCCUCGAUAUGCACGGAAACCUUGUGGGGAAUUUUACGCGUUGAUCAAAGCGCGUUCAGUGACUAUAACGUAUUUCAAGCGAUCAUGAGCCGGGUCGAUUGUAACUUCGCGUAUUCUGUGCGUUGGACUUGUGCCGAUUGCAAGGAUGCAUAUAAGACCUGGGUUUGUAACUCUAAAGUACUGCCUUACGUCUCACUGAAGACACCAACUUCAUGUGUGUCACUGUGUCAUCGGGUGCUACAGAGGUGUCCAUAUUUCCUGCCAGGGUCAGAUUUUCAGUGGAGUGGGCAGUCAGCUUUUGAAUGUAGAGAUGGUCAAGAUGGUGCUGGCCAGGAUGAGUGCUUUAUUCCAGAGACAACAACAGCAAUACCAAAAAAGCAGACAUCACCCUCGGCUGAAACAAAAACAGCAACUAAUUCUCCAGUAGGCAGUCCGACAUCUAGCUUAGUAAGUGGUGAAGCGGACCCUGGUAGCUAGCACAUGGGCAGUGCAAGGAUCAAAUAGACACUACAAGAAGGGCCUGGACAGCAUGUUUAUCUCUUAUAGUUAUUUUUAUUAGUUUUAUACUAGUAUUUCCUUUUGUUAUUUUUAGGAGAAUUUGGAGUGACAAUAGUCUAUCAUUGUUGCAAAAAUAGUAUGGACACCAGAUUCCUCUUUCUUGUAUACAAAUAGUUUGAAUAACACAGUAAUGCUCAAAUCCAAAAAUAUGAAUAUUUCUUAGGUACUUGGGCUGAGGCAAUAAACUGAAUGCUUUUCUCUUUUCAUGUGGAUAAGAAAGCAGGAAUUUUCAAGAGCUUAUGUUAUUUUGUAACCUGAAUGUAAAAAGCAUCUAUGAUAAGUAUGGGUGUUUGACAAAGAAAUGUAGCCCUUAAACAGGAUAAUCAUGUUGUCCAGUCCCAUCUCUUUGAUGUGAUUUAUACCAGAGACAUAAUUAGAUUAUUUUCCAUCUAAGUAUUAGCUUUUAUUUCCAUGUAUAUAUAUAAAAAGAAAUUUGACAAGAUAUGGUACUGUAUAGAAUAUUGUGGUAUUACCUUACAAGGCAUCUUGCAGAGAAUAUAUACAAAAAGAAAGAGAACCUUCAAGAAUACAAAUUACUAUAGGGUUACAGCAAUGGCAACUGUAGAUAAUAAUGUUGUGUUAUAUGGGCUGCAUCAGCAAUUCAGCCUUCUCAAAAUCAUUUUUAGGAGCAGGUUAUGGUGAGUUUGAGGCAGGUUAGUUGACGAAGAAGCCAACUAACAAAACAAAAAUAAUAUAUUUUCGGUCUGGAUAAAGAUGGUUAAACAUCAAGAGGAAGUAGAGGAGUCCAGCCGGUUUUGUGAAGGCUGCAAUUGAAUCGAAUGGUAUAACUAGAGAGACUACAGACAAGCUGUAGCAAAUCUAGGUGGUCUGGGCAGGUGUUCUGAAAACAGGAAUACAGGGUUGAAGUUUUUUGUUAAACAACACUUCUCCAACAAAUGGUUUAACAGUUAAAACAUCAGUGAAACCUCUAAGUUUGCAGAGAGCCAUUCAACAUAAAACUUAAAUCCUGAGUUGAUUUCUUUCUUUCAUUCUCUUGUUGUUUGGGUGAAACCUAUGAAGAACAAGAACUACAGUACAUCUGGCCCCUGUUUGCAGGGUGUGGUUCAUAUACAACUGUAAUAGAACACAACCAGUUAUUGAUAGCCACCAAAAUUAUGAUGUAGUAAUGCUUAGUGUUUGUAUAUCUUUUCGUGCAGCACACAAAAUUAUGAGAUCACUACAACAGAAACCCAUCAACAAUUGUAAGAUAUUCUAUGUAUUUGUUCCAUGUUAUGGUGGUAUUGUUUGAUGAAAUAAACAUUCAUUUCAACAAA